AUGGGGGCUGUAAAUACCAACUCCACAGCACAGGAGCAGGUCCAGCUUGUGUUGCAGGAUGCUGCCACCUGUCGGCAGACAAUGAACCGUCAGAAUAAUGUUCCGUUCAGCCCUUCGGCUGUACCUCAAGGAGCUGCUGCGUACAAACAGCUGCCUGGAAGAGUACCCAAAGACUUCAUGGAAGCCAUGAAACGCAUCCCAGUGAAGCUAGCAGACACCUCAAACAUCAGGACAUCUGACAUGGCUGCUAACACACCACCAGCCCAGAAACGUGCAGCGAAACAUUCUGCUGCUAAAUGGAAGUCUUCAUUCAAACCAGUAGGAGAAGAAGAUGACGACUCUCAGGACAAAAGCACAAGCAGUUUAGAAAAAGUCGAGUUAUAUGACCCUUACGAUCCUGGCUCGUCAGACUCUGAGCUCGAGGUGGCACAGAGCAAAGACCACAACCACUACCACUCCACAUCCAAUCAGGAUAACAACCCAGGACGUCGACGUUUGUCUCCAGGUGGAGUCUGCCGUGAGAAACGCCGCUGGGACUCAUCCUACUCUGUGCCAGGGAGCCAACCCUUUGACAGACGCGAAUUUAGCCCUGAAACCAGACCCAGCGAGAAUCGAGGUCUCGCCCCAUGUCAUGGACUGUCUGAGGGUUAUAGCCCAGGCACUGAAUCAAUUGACCGACCGGGGUAUGGCUCCAUAAGUAGACCUCUGGAGCACAGGGUCUGCAGCCCUGACAGGACUGUUCACAGCUCCUCCACCCAACAGUUUCCUGCUUCUUACGGAGGACAGAAUACCAAUGGGGAGGAGCGGAUAACAGUUACAGAACACAGGAGAGAGAUAACCACUACUGUUAGAUUAUCCCCGCCCAAGAUACAGCGGGAUUAUCAACACCAGUCUGGGCCCGUGGAAACAGGUGUGGACAAAAUCACAGCUGCCACAGAGGUGACGAGAAAAAGAAGCAGAAGUAUUAUAAUGGACAAGAUCCCCAUCACCUGUGACCUUUGUGACGUUGAGCUGGCCAAUGGGCAGGAGUUUGAGGAUCACUUGGACAGCAGAAGCCACUGGGGGACACUGGAGCACAUUCAGCAGAAUAAUAAUUACGAUGAUCUGACUAUAGCUUUCCUGCAGGAAGUCAUGCUGUAUAAAAGCCGUCAGUGUAGUCGAGCCAUAGAGGACAGUGCUCUUCAAGCUCUGCAGGAAAAUGACCACAUGACAAAGGUGGAAAUGUUCCACUGUGCAGCUUGCAACGUCUUAGUAUCCACGUCUGCAUCCUCAGUGCAGACUCACAUUACCUCUCAGGAACACCUCGUCAAAACACAGGAGUUUGAAGUGCAGCAGAGACGUACUUGCCUCAGCAAAGCAGAAACCAUAAUGAAUGAGCUGAAACCUCAGUUUGAAAACUUCAUCAAGGGUGACAGCCCAUUUGAAUGAUGGAAAUCACUGGAAAUCUUCAAAAUAGUGUUUUCACUGAGGUGCUGUUUGCGUCAGAUGAAGAGUAAUGGACUUUGAAUCACAACCACAUUAGUGCCACAUCAAUUCUCGUGUUUAGUCAGAAAAACUCCUGGUUUGUUCACACAAUAUGGACGUUUGUUGUUCUUUGGUGCAUAUGUUGUUUUGUCAUUUCAUAUUUUGUCCAUGUUCAUGUAACAGAACUCCAGGUAAUCACCAUUUGGUCACUUUAAGAAGAUGAAGCUUGUGAUUUUUUUGAAUUACAGGUCCAAUGUUUCUCAUUUCUGUGCAAAAAUAAUUAGAAAAAGUCAAUUUGUUUCUUUGCUUUUUUUUUAUUUAGAACAACACAAAUGUUUUAAGCAUUGUAUCUGUGUGAUAUAGUACAUUUAAAAUUAAAUUAUUUCAAAACAGUAUAUUUAAACAUUAAAUAUAGGUGACAUGUAUGAAGGGCAUUUCCAGCACAGGCUGUGCGUGUUAGGUCUUUUUUCUUAACCACCUUCAGUUUUAAUUUUGUAUUUGUAUUAGAAACAAUGCAGUUACUGAAAUACUAUAAAACACUUUCUAUGCAUAACAAGUUUGCAGACAUUAUUCUUUUUGUUCUUGAAUAGUAGCUCACUUUUUCCAUUUGUGUUUCUUGGAACUGUUUAUCAAGAGCUUUCAGGUGCCGUCACUUUCAGUUGAAAUAUUCAUCUCAGUAACUCUGUGGCCUGAAAACAGAGACUGUGGGCUUUGAUUUCAACAUGUUGCAGUACGAAAAAAAAAAAAAAACAUGAUUCUAUGUAUUUUACGAAUGUGAAUAUUGAUAUAGAAGAGAGGUGCUCCCAAACUUUGACCAAAAACGGACUCAAACCAUGAGAAAUCUGAGGUAAAAGUUGUCUUCAUUAUAAAUGGAUUCCACACUACAUUACUGCAUAAAACAAGAAAACAGUCUGCCCAUCUGGAAUUGUAUUCCAAAAAAUGGACCAUGUAAAAACAGAAAAAGGUAACAAUAUCCAAAAUAAUUAACUUUCAUCUGUCCAAAUGUCCAAGCAUGUACAAUACCUCGAUCAUUGAGCAGUACUGUACUUUUGGCCAGUAUUUAAUUGACUAAAAAAAAAA